CCCGGUCAAGCCAGCGCCUAGAGCUCUCGAAAUUUCCAGCGCUGGCGAGGCCCCUCCCCUUGUGGGCGGAUGACCGGCCCGGCCGGGGCGGAGGCGGCUGCUGCAGGGGUGGACCCUGCAGCGGCCGGCUCGACCGAGGUCGACCCCACGGGCAGCAGCGCCGCGCUCGCGUUUACGCACAGCACGAGCAGCUGGCAGGUCUUCUCGCGGCAGCUGUACGAUCCGACGGAUGACAACCAUGACGUCUCGGAGCCAGAGAUCUGUCGCAUCCUCGGUGAAAAAACCGAGGCCUCCGCGCAGCUGCGCGGCGACCGCUGCCAGCGAUUUGCGGACGUCAGCGCCACCAUCCCGCGCAAGGAGGUGUACGUCGCUGCCUUCGUGCCCAUCGCAAAGCUGAGCUCGCCCGACGACCGCGCGCAGCGGCUGAGCGCCGGAUCGGCGUGCUCCGACGACGAGGAGGGGGGCGAGGAGGACGAGACGUCCGUGGCUGCGACGGUCGGCACGGACGCCUCCUCGCAGAUGGGCGGCGACGAUUCCGCCGCCGGCGAUCUGGCGCACGCGAUGCUGUGCAUCGACUCGCUCUUCGGCGACGCCGGCUCGGGCCAUUCGCUGUUUGGCGGCGCGCCCGAUGCGGCCACGCACCAGCUCGUCGGCGCUGGCAUCGAGGAUGUCGAUCUGGCGAACCGGUUGCGAUUGCUGGAUUCUUGGGGCGGCAUCAUGACAGUCGGCGCGCCGUCGGCGUCGCAGCCGAUGCAGGCCGGCCCCGCGCACCACGAGCAGCACACCAACAUCCCGAGCGGCGCGUGCAAGCCCUCGGCAUCCAUCAGCAGCCGGGCGGGCCUCCCUUCCGUCCCGUACGGCAUGGGCGCGCCGCAGUUUUCGAUUGGCGCUUCUGCCGGCUCGCUCCGCUCAAGUGGCGGCGACUCCACCUGCAGCGGCGCCGCCCUCAGCGGCCCCCACACGCGGCCGCCCAGCGCGGGGCGCUGCUCCUUGCGGACGUCUCCCAGCGUCGCCGGACAGCCGGCGCCGGCACAGCACAUGGCAUUGGGUGGCAUGCCGCCGUUGCCGGGCGCGUUGCCGGUGCACAUGGGGCAGGGCUCGCAGCCGCCGAUGCUGCCGCUGCCGCUGCCCCCCUUCCAGGCGCAGCAGCAGGCGGGGCACCUUCGGCCGCCGGGCGCGCGGGCGUCGCCCUGA